AGGUAACUAGAAGAGCUAUAAGUAGUAUUUAUUGAAUUUGUAAGUACAAUUGGUAAGGAAUGUAAUUAUUAUUUUAUGUUAUAUUUUAUUUAAUAUUUUUUAUUUUGAUUUGUUAUUUGUAUUGUAGAAAAACAUAAAUCUAUAUAAAUAUUUAUAAUUAUUAAAUAUAGAUAUUCGAUUGAAUUAUAUCAAUCUUGUGAAUUAAAAUUAUAAUUUUAAAGAAAUAUGAAUCGCCAUCCAACUACGGACUAUAAAAAUCGUAGCGAGCCUCAAGUAGAAUUGGAAAGUCAAUUUAUUUUGCGUUUACCACCGGAACCAGCGAGAGUUUUACGAGAAACAUUACGUAAUGGAUUAUCUUUAAAAGAUAGAUUAAGUAUAAAAUUGGAAAAUGAUAUGCGUUAUGGUGAGGUUAGAUUUGAUCAUUGGCUUCUUCAUGGAAAAAUUGUUGAUUUACCAACAAUUGUAGAAUCUUUGAAAACUAUUGAUAACAAAAGUUUCUAUAAAACUGCAGAUAUAUGCCAGAUGUUAAUUUGUAAGGAAGAAGAUGAUCAUACUACUACAGAUGAAGAAUCUCCAGUUAGACAAAAAAAAAAAGAUCCCAAUAAAGUAGAUAAGAAGUUUUUAUGGCCACAUGGUAUAACUCCUCCUACUAAAAAUGUUAGACGUAGAAGAUUUAGGAAAACCUUAAAGAAGAAAUAUGUAGAAGCUCCAGAAAUUGAGAAAGAAGUAAAACGUUUGUUAAGAGUAGAUAAUGAUGCAGUUAAUGUUAAAUGGGAAGUAAUAUGUGAAGAUGAAGAUCAGUCAAAACCAAGUAAAGUCUCAUCAUCUGGUACAGUGAAAACUAAAAGAGAAAGUAUUAGUGGUAAUACUUCGCAAAGUCUUGAUGUUGCGGAACAUGAUAUAUUUGGUGAACCUGUAAGUGACAGUGAAGAAGAUGAUGAAGAAGGAAACAUAAAUGUAAUGGAACUAGAUGAGAACAGUCGUCUUUCUGCAGAUAGUAGAGUAUCAGACUCUAAUUCUAUGCAAGCUACAUAUUCUGAAAGAUCUAACAAUAAUACAGCAACAAGUAGUAAUCUUGUUACAGAAUUUAGUAAAGAAAUGUUUCAAAAUGAUAAUAAUAUAGAAACAGAAGUAGAAAAAUCAGAAGAUACAUCUCCAUCAAAAAUAGCUAAAGUUGAACAAUUUCAUUCAGAAUAUAUUAUUUCAGAAAAUUUUACAGAAUCUCCUUCUGCACCAGUAACAAAAGAUUCAUUGCAAACACGUCUCGCAACUUUACACGCGGAAUUAGCUGAAUUACGUCAAAGAAGACAACAACAAGAACUUGAAAUAGCCAAUAUAGAAAAUGUUAAGUUAAGACAAAGAUUUCAAGAAAUAUUAGAUAAUUUAUUAACUCAAGAAAUGCAAAAAGUACAAGAGGUAUGUAUUAUUAUUCAUAUAAUUUUGAAUAAUAAUUAUAUCAUCAUAAUGUUUCAGAUUCAAGAUUUAGAAUUAGGAUAGUAUUGAUAUGCCAUGAAGUUCUUGCCAAUGCAAUUUUUUUAAUCAAAUUUAUGUAUUGUAUUUUUUUUAUUUCUAAUCUUUUUGUAUAAUACAAUGUAUUUUAUUAUUUAAAUAUGAUAUUGUAUACUAUUUCUUAUUGUACACAUUUUUAACAUGUAUGUAUAUAAAAUGUACAUAAAAUAUACAAAACAUUAAAUAAAAUAUAAAUUUUUUACAAUUAAUCAAUUAUUGCAAGGUUAAUAAAACUAUAAUCAAUAUUUAAAAAAUAUGAUUUAUUAAAAAUUUCAAAGCGUUUUAUAUUAUGCAAUAUAUAACAUUUUAAUAUAGACAACCAAUUGUCAAAUUCCAAGUCGCCGUACAAUGCAUAACCAUGAAAUGCACCAAUGAAAGUCCAGCUUGAGUAUUCGACUACGACAUUCAAGAUACAACAGGACGACCGUAAUGGCUGACUCUUAUUGAAUAUAAAUGCGUUAUAGAUUCUUAUUUUAUUGUAGUGUCAAAUACUAAAGUGCUGUAAACAUAAUUAUUCUUAUUUUAUUGUCUUCCGUUUUCGUAAAAAUAUUAAGGUAGAUUUCGUGAUGGCCGACGAAGGAUUUGAUCUAUGUGAAUGUAUAUGGAACCAUGAAUUUGCUAUGCAACGCCUACUUUCUAUUGUAAGUCUUGAUCAAAAUGUUUUGCUUGCUUAUUCAAGAAAUUAAAAUCUUUAUUAAAAUUAAUGUAUAUUUUCAUUUUUAGUAUAUAGAAAUUAUUUAAUAUUUUAUUCAUUUUAAAUAACUAUUAAAAAUAUUUCAUUUUAUCAUAUUUUUAAAAAUUUAUAAAUUAUUAAAAAAAUAAAUUAAAUUUCCUUUUAUUUUUAUUAUUACAAUAUCAUUUUUAUAACGUUUUUAACAACGAGUGUAGUUGUUUCGAAAUAAUCGAAAACUCUACGGAUGAAUAAUAUUUAAUCUCUAUAAUUUAAUAUAAGAUAUUUUUCAUAUUUUUCAUAUAGUAGUAAAACCAUUCGACUGGUAAAAAUAUGUCACAGUAAGCAACUUUUUGGGAAUUUAUUUUACUUUAUCAAUUCUUUUGUAAGAAUUACGCAAUUAAACAAAUAUAAAUAAAUAUAUAAAAUAUGGUAAGAGAAUGAAUAUAUAUUCGAUAAUAAUUAUAAUUUUAUUAAAGCAUUAAAUUUAUCUACAUAUUUAUUUUUUUUUACAUUAAAUAUAUUUUUAAACUAAUUACAAAAUCUUUAUUCAUUUAUAGAAUUUUAUCAAUUCUGUAUAAAUAUUUUACGUAUGAUAUUUAUCGUUUCAGUUGCGACAGAGUCAAAAUUACUGUACAGAUAAUGAAUGUUUUGAUAUGUCACGAUGUAAGCAUUUUUUAAAAUUUAUUAUUGAUAUUAAUUUUUUUAAUUUAAUUAAAAAUUUCUAUUAUGUAUUUUUCAGUACCAGGGCCACGCGAUGUUUCAUCGUGGAAUUUAAAUUUUUUCAUGAUUUUAUUAAUUAUUGUAUUUGUUAUCCUUAUGUAUGCUCUUAGACCACAGUCUCUUCGUCAUUUAAACAAUGAUAUUGCUAAAGAUCGAAACAACGAACGUGUAAGUUCGUUAAUACAAAUUGAUUUGAUCAACUUAUAUAUUUUUUAUUCUUAUCUUAUCGAUAUGAAAUAUAUUUUAAUUUUCACACAUUUUUUUUAGGAUUCGCAUGACGAUCCUCCAGUACCACCACCGACAAUACAAUAAAGAAUGAAAUAUAAUAAACGCUUUUAUGUAGGUUUUUGUAAGAAAUCUACUGAAUUUAUAAUAAUAGAGGAAAAAUUAAUUAAUUUGAUUUAUAUAUGAUAUCUCUAUGAAUAUAUUUAAUCUAAUCUAAAAAGAAUUGUAAUUUUCUUUUUUUUCUAAUAAUUUGAAAAUCAUUAUAUUUGUAUAUGUUAACAUUCGCAUUUUUCGAUUUUUAUUUACUAACAUUUGUUACAUAUCAAAGCUAUGUGUAAAAGAAAAAAAAUAAUUAUGAUUCAAUGAAAAUAUUUUCAUCAAAUAUCUAAUUGAAUUGUUGAUAUUAUGCUAUAGGCUGUUGGAAAUUCAUUUUUUAAAAACGCAUAACUGUAUAAACGAUAUUGAAAUUGUGAUUGUUAAAAAAAAAAAUAAAAAUUUUUUUAUCAUAAA